AUGCUGAAAGACGAAGAAGAGCGCCUAGCCCAACCAAAAGCGGCAAAACCCAUAAAACUUGAAGAAGGCGCUGACAAACUUUCUCCAGAGCGUUUAAAUUUAUACUGCUUACAGUACUCCCUGCUUGCUAACCCAUUUCAAGACUGUCUCUAUGCACAAGUAUAUACAGUUUCAGCCUCGCCCAGCUUGUCGACCGCGCCAAACACCCCAGAAAUUCUCUCCUCAAAGUCCUUAUAUGUCUGUGAAAAGUGCAAUCGCACCUAUACCAGACCGAGUACUUUAAAAGUCCACAUGCGAAAACAUACAGGCGAAAGGCCUUAUGUCUGCAAAGUAUGCCAGAAGGCAUUCUGUGAGAGUGGAAACCUGAGGACUCAUAUGAGGACUCAUACUGGAGAAAAGCCUUAUGAGUGCCAGGAAUGUGGCAAGAAGUUUACAACACAGGGGCACCUGACAGAUCAUAGCAGGCGGCAUAAUAAUAUAAGACCGUUUGUGUGCAAGGAAUGUGGCAGCUCCUUUAUGAGGAGCAGCACACUGAAGAUACAUGUAAGGAUACAUACGGGGGAGAAGCCUUUCAGCUGUGAACACUGCAAAAAAGCCUUCAGCGAGAGCGGGAACUUGAAAAUUCACAUGAGAACACACACUGGGGAAAGACCAUUUAUGUGUCCUUUUGAAGAGUGCAAAAAGACCUUCAAAACGAAGGGACAUUUGAAAGACCACUUGAAGACGAGGGUUCAUAAGAAUAAUGAAGAGGUUAAUUAA